AGGAAACGUUUGCAUUUAAAUGGAGUUAUCGCACUUUGGUCGUCCGUGCAACUUCUAUUCUCGAUCAUGGAAGCACUUGACAAAAACGGGAAGCUGCUUUUAUCGACGUGGACGGGACGCUUGCUUUGAAUUUUACAUGCUUUGGCGAACAAAAAAUCGAACAUUCAACACGCCUAACUAGACAAGCACCUUGCACUCAAAAUGUGAAGGCAAACCAUAUAGAGAGAGUGUAAGUGGACAACAUCCUGAUAUGGAGAACACCAAUACAAAAGAUACUGAAAAUCAAAAGGAGGAUGAAACGGACCCCAAUGCAAUACAGACUGCUGUUUCUGACAAGCAGACAAAACUGCUCAGUAUUCCAGCUGUUGUUGUGAGAAAUGAAAAUAAUGACAUCAUAGAACAAAUGGACAAGCCCAGCAUUGACUUCUCACAGACAGUGCGGAGGAACCUGAAAUCCAAACUCAUCCAAAGAGCCAACAGCCCAGUGAAAGAGCAGACGGCCAAAAUCCAGGACACUCUGUCUGAGAAUUCCGAGUCCGGGAGUGAGGAGGGUAUGUCUGAUUCUAGUGAUGCCGAAAGAGAUGCAGUUACAGAGAAGAGGAUCAUGGGAGGAGAAAAUGUGACCGCAGUGGAGAAGGAAGCAGUUAUAGAUCAAAGCCAGGUAUCAGAAAACGACAGUGAACAAGUUGUAAACGAAGGUGAAAAAGCAGAUUUGGAAGGAAUUUUGAAGAAUGUUGAGAUGGAGGAAAAUUUAGAGGAAACUGGGAACAAAGUGAAAGACUUGAAGACUAAGGUAAAUCAAGGUCAGGGUGGGGCUAAGACUGAAAGGGGAAGUACCAAGGAAAAAGAAAAAGAUUUUUCAGCUAUAAAAAACAGUGCAGGAAUAGAAAAUGUUGAAGAAGAAAAAAGAGGUAUAACAGAUGUGAAAAGUAGUGCAGUUGAAGAUGAUGAUGUGGCUGAAAAGGGAAAAUUGAUGGGGGGUAAGAAUGGAAGUGAAGCCAAGAAUUCAGAGAAGAAUUCAGACCAGGCAACUGUCACUGAGAUUGAGCCCACUAAAAAAGGAGUGGAAAGUGAAAAUAAUUUGAAUGAAGAAGACAUUGAAACUGACAAUUCCUUCAGUGAAAAAGAUUUCUGUCAAUUCAAUAUAACCCAGCCCACCACUACAGUGUCCCCUGCUAGUACCUCUUUAACCACACCCCCGCCAUUGAUGAUCCCAGCCCUGGGUGUGGCUGUCAAUCCUGCUAGUAUUCCUGUGAUUGGCCAGUUCCCUCGAGGUGCAGCAGAUCUCAAUACUGUAGCCAUGCAGCAAUUUCAACAGUUUAAUGUCCAGCCAUCAGCGUCCAGUUCAAGUACCCCAAUAAAUCAGGUUAUGUAUUCUCCUACAGUGAGAACUGUACUCCCUGCUGGUGUGGGUGUUCAAACUCCACAAAAUAGAUUCCCUGUAACUAAUCAAACUAUCAAUGUCAUCCACAGUGCCCAGUUACCACAAAUCAGUCACAGAUUUAUCACUGGGGUACCACUUGGCAUUGUGCCAUUAGUACCAAACACCACCAUCACACCAAUGGUUCACCAACAGGUACCAACUGUUCCUCAACCAGCAUCACAAAUUACAACGCUUCCAACACCUAUUCAGACAUCAGUCCCCAAAGGAACUAUGCAGGCAGCAUUAGUAUCUCAAUUUGUGAAUCAGGUAACCAGUCAACAAGACAAAAUGAUUCAUACUCCACAGUUUCCAGCCACUGAAGCCUUGGUGCUUUCUUCAUCAAAUCAGAUGCAAACUAGCACCAUAACUAUGCAACCACUUGUGAACAGCUCCGCAGCACAACACCUAGUUUCCACUUCAACAACAUCAACAGCACCUCCUAUUGUAGUAACUACGCAAGCCCAAGUCAAACAGGUCAGCUCUCCAAAGCACCCCAGUCAACGAUCUCAAGUCACCACAAUCAGUCCACAGUCUCAAGUGCAACAGGGAAAACCAAAUUCUUCUCCUGUCCAGAAAAAAGCAGAUGCAUCCACUUAUGUUGAUGCUGAUUUCCUUGUAGACAAAGUGAGAAUGGUUUAUUUUCAGUGUGAUGAGUGUACCUUUGUUACAAAAUCUGCUCAAAAUUUCCGAAGGCAUUACAUGCUUCAUUUAAACUAUAAGCCAUAUGUUUGUUCAAAUUGUGAAUUCCCCUCUUGCAACAAAUAUGGAUUUUCAGGCCACCUGAAAAAUCACCAGGAGUGUGCUGGACAGCAGUUUGUGUACAAAAAAGACAGUGAAGCUGAGAGACAGCUGGAGAGAAAGGUAAAUGUUUGUAAGCAUUACAGAUGGGUGUCUGAUGAAGAAAACGACAAAUCAUCAAAGGAGCUCUUUGGUGAUCAAAGAAGGUUCCGGUUUACUGCAAAGAAAUCUGACCCAGCAAGCUCAUCGAUUCAGUCUGGGAUUUCUGGUGAGAGUACUGAUGGCUUAGCUCCAGAUGUACACCUUGGAGUUGUGCAGAAAACAUAUUCAGGAAAGAAAAAGAUUCGGGAUAUUCUUGGUGAGAUAGAAAAUAAAACAAAAAUGCGAAGUGAAAGUUUACAUCAAUCAGGUCAACAAGACGGUAAAAAUCUUGACAGCAAAAUUGAUAGUGGUGAGUCGAUAACUGAUACUGAAUCGGUAUCAAAGACAGCAGUUGUAAUUUUAGAGAAUAAAAGUAAUUGCAGCACUUCAAAACAAGGAAGAAUGUCAUCUUCUGAAGGCAGCCAGGAGAAGGAAGAUGAAUCUGAUGAGAUGAGUGACGUUAUAGAACCAUUGCCAACAAGUGAGACCAAUUCUAAAACCGGUGAAAAUGAAAGUACAAGCAAAAAAUACUCAAAGACGUUGGAUACCAUACCUCAGAGAAAACAAAAUGGAAAGAUGAAAACGUCUAGUUUUCUGAACAGAAACUUCAAAAAAGCUAAAAGAUUCAUUUUCGGAAAGAAGAAAAGGAAAUUUGCAAGAAGACGUAGACAAGCCAACAAAGUUCAGAAUUAUGAAAUAGUGGAUGAAAGCAACAUACUGGAUCUUCCUCGAGUACGGAAGUUUAAGACCACUUUUGAUCCCAGUCCAGAUCAUUAUAGACGGAGAAAGAAAGAAAUGUUAAUGGAAGCAGAAUAUCAGAAACCAAUCAUUCCUCCAAAACCUGAACCAAAAGAGACCACAGCAUCAUCCUACAAGUGUCCUUACUGUGACCACACUGGAGAGUCAGCAUUAGGAAUCAAGCGACAUGCCUUUUGGGUCCACAACAUGUGUGAGUACACAUGUAAUCUGUGUUUGUACAUGUCCAUGUCCAAACAGGAAUGUCUAAGACAUUGUUAUACUGAUCACCCUGGUACCUCCCCCUGCAUCAAAAGAUCAUUCUGCAAAGCUAUGGAUGUGGAAGAGACAGCUGGUGACAAGAACUCACAGAAGGAUCAGGAGGUAGAGAAAGACCAAGCAAAUGAUCAGAAAGAUGGCAGUGAAACUGAGACUGGUGAGGAGGAGGAGGAGGAAAGCCAACAUCCGGCCAAAUCUUUAGUCAAGGGAAUGCAGGACAUAAGGUGCGUCAAGUGUGAUCUGAAGUUUACCAGGAAGGGGAUGCAGCUGCACCUUCUGCGAAAACACAAUGUGUUUCUGUUUAAAUGUCCGAACUGUAAAUUUGUGAACGAAAACAAGGAGGCAAUAAAAGAACAUUGCAGCUCUGUGCACAAUCUGAAAAUUACCAAAGCACCACAUAUGACGUAUGACCUGAAUCUUGGACAUGAUCUUGUGGAAUUUCUCUCCAACAAAACCACUAAAGAAAUGAAAGAAAGAAAGAGACAUGAAGGUUCAAGAGAGCCCACUAUUAAGAAAACCUUAAAAGUGGGGAUGAAGAGACCAUUAAGUGCAACAUGUCCCUUGUGUAAAUUUGCAUCCUCUUAUGUUGGUGUCCAGCGACAUUUGUCAAUGAGACAUAAACUAAAGAAUUUACAGUGCGGGCAUUGUGGACAUGUGGUGUACAAUAAAUCUGAUGCAUUGAAACACUCCAAAAAAGCUCACAAGGAAACCACACCACAUGUAUUGCACUCUUUUGUAGAUAUCGAAUUCGUGAAAGCUAUGUCCAAGAAGGAACUUAAGAAAUGUGGUGCAGUUUUGUUUCAUGGUAAGGAAAAACAGGAUAUUGAUACAGAAGAAGGCAGAAAUGUAGAUCAGAAGCCAAAGGCAUCCCCUAAAAGCCCCAAAGCAACCUUACCAUCCAAAAAAGACACCAAAGAUAAGUGGAUUCCAUGUCCAGUCUGCUCUGUAGAGAAGCGAACAUUGCGUGGAGUGGAGCUCCACAUGAUGUAUUUACACAAGAUCUGCAACUGGUCUUGCGGGCGAUGUGGGUUUGAAUCCAUGGAUAAAUAUGUGACAUUGCAACAUUCUGUUGAUCUACAUAAAGAUGAAGACCCAAUGAUUUCCAGGGCAUUGGUUAAUCUGGAUAAGUAUACAGCGGAAAUGGACCUGAACUACAGAUCAGCAAAAGACAAUUAUUUGGGUGCAAAGUUAGAAAAUAUUGCCAGAACAGAUCCCUAUAAACUUGAUUUUGAUGAUGGUGAGGAUGACAAUCAAUCUGAAGAGGACAGUUGUAAAGACAAAAAGACAGCCCUGAAAGACCAAAAUGAGACUUCACAUGAUUCCAGUGUGGUGGAGUCUCCCAGUUCCAGAAAGAUGUGGAAGAAAAGAUCUUGCAGUCCUAAAGCUUCUGACUGUGGUGGCACGGCAUUACCUUCAUCAGAUAAGUGGCCUCAGAAGAGGAACCUGAAAGACACCAGUUUUUCUCGUACAUCAGGUGGUGACUCUCUGGAGUCCGAUUCUACCGAGGACAGCUAUGUCAUUAAAAAGAGGCGAAAGAAGAAGAGCCCCCUAGUGGCCAGGUCAUCCCCCAGUCUUUAUUGCACUUCUUCAUCAUUUGUUGUUCGCCCAAAAGACAUGAACCACGUGAACCAAGGCUUCAGCUGUGUGUAUUGUGUCUACGCAGCUCCCUUAAGGCACCAAGUACGCUUGCACUGUUAUGACAAACACACUAAUCACCCGGCCUGUCUCAUGGAGUUUCAGGUCCAUGGGGAGGAAAAAUCCUUCCGCAAUGACGGCACGGAGGAGGUCCUGCUAGAGUGUUCGGAAGAUAGCAGUGAAAUGAACACAAGGACAAAAUCAAUGAAAAAAGAUGGUGAUGAUAAGGAAAAGGCUAAUACCUCCAUUGAUGAAACAAACAAAAAAUCUACAACCAGAAACAGUGAUAUGGAUUCUUCAGAGGUAGAUGAUGGCCGUGUGAAUGGACUGAAAAAGCGGAGUGGGAGUUUAACAAGUGGAGGAGAAACAGACACUGAUGAACUUCACUCCUCUGAAAUUAUAGACAGUGGUGGAAACCGAUUCCGACGAGGAAAGAAGAGGAAAAACAAGUUUGACAAUCCACUGAAAACUUUGGUGCACAAAUUGAAUUCCAGCCAGAUUAACCUUGAGGACACAUUUCACACCAGUUUGGAUGAAGUGGAUUCAUAUCUCAAUAAGUUUGGGGUUCGGACUCUGAAUAUGGACAUGUUGACCCAGCAGCAGUUUUCGGACUUCAUUGAGCGAUUCGGGAGCAGUCUACAACCUGUGUAAUGUGAUUUUGUAAAAACAUUUAUUUUUGUAUUAUUGUUUCAUAUAGAGUUUUAAAAAUCAUGCAAACUGUUUAUCAUAGUGCAAUGUGGAAGAAUUUCAUUCAAAGCAUUUUUAAUACAUUGUUUUAUUAGAUGCACAGCUGCAUGUUGAACUUUGAUCAACUUGCAUAUGUUAAUAGUACAGAGGUUCUGUUACUAAUGAUAUUCAUUUGGUCUGGUAUAUGUAGAAACUCCAAGUUUUGUUGUCAUGUUAAACCAGUUUGUUUAAAGUUGUAUGUACUCCAGUGCUUGGUAUUUUUUUGCAUCACUGCACCAAAGUAAGGGGAUGUACUAGUUCACCUAUGCCCUUCGGCAUCAACCCUUCAGUCCAUCAUUUGUUUGUAACAUUUUUCUUGUGAAUUAUCGUCACUUGAUAUUUCCCGUAGGUGAGCUAGUUAUUCUGAGUAACAUGUUUGAUGAGAAUCCGUCACACAUCUGCAUCUCUGUACGUCCCUUGCAUGUAAUGCUUAAAAGUAUUUUAUCACAUUUUCCCAUUAGAUGUAAACUUCCUCUUGCAAAACCAUUUGAGAUUCAUCACUCAUGAAUUACUUUCGCAUAUAUAUAUCCAUCCUUUAAAUCAUGUAACACAUAUAUGUAUCAGGUAUACAUAGUUUAUAUUGCAGUGGUUUGUGUUGCAGUUUUAGCUUACCCAAAUCACCUAUCGCAUUCUGUUUUUGUCCUUCAUCAUGCACUAUCAUUUAAACUCCUCAGAUACCAGUGAGCCAAAUUUGGCAGUGGCAUAGGAGGAUAAUUAUUUUGAUUUUUUGGUCCAUUCCCCUUGGGAGUUAAGUGUCGGGUCAAAACACCAUUAAAAAUGAUGCAAUCUUUUUAAAAUCUCUCUAUAUCUAGCAGACAAACUGUAUGCAUAGUCAUUGUGAACAUUACAAAAUUGUGAAAUUCAGGGCACAUGUGUCAGGGAUCCUGGUCUAAGAUGGGGGAUAUGAGUUGUAUAGUUAGAAUGCAUUAUUUCUCUAAGCGUCUUCUCAUUGAUGGACAUUAAACAACCAAACAGUGCAUAAUAAUAAUGACAAGAGAGAAACCUCUACUGAAAAUAUAAUAUUCAUGGCCCCUGGGUUCCAGGCUCUGGUCUGUGGUAUGAGUAGUGAAAAUGCAUUAUGUCUGUAGAAAAUCUUCUUUACUCCUUGGCACUACACCUCCUAACUUAGUAUAUGGUAAUAAUGCAUGGAGAAGACUACCAAAAAUGUAAAAUUUAAAGUUAUUGGGGUGUAAUAAAAAUGCAGUAUUUCUUUAGAAGCAUUGUCUUGACUUCUUGACAUCAAACAACCUGAGUAAAUAGAAUUAAUAAGGAUAAAAGUUUCUACCAAAAUGUAAGAAUUUGUGGUCCCAGAGUGUAGGGUCCUGUGGCAAUUGUGUGGCUUGUACAGUCAUAAUGUAUGUUUUCUUUUGAUAUCUUCUUGAUUCCAGGACAUCAUACAACAUUGAUUGCAUAAUAACAAGGGGAGAAACCUUAGACAAUUUUGUUUUUUAACAAUUGUCCUUUAAGUUCUGGGAUUUGUUGCUAGGAUGGGCUCUAAGGUUCUUGUGGUGAAAAUGCAUUUUUUAAAUCUAAAAUUCUGUUCUAUUCCUGAAUUACAAACGGCUAGAAUGAUUGCAUAGUAAAAAUGGGGGGGGGGUUGGGGGGGGGGGGACCACUAUUAAAAUAAUCAAAUUCAGGAUCUCUGGGUCAUGUGUUCAGGCCCCCAGUACUUGGCGGGUCGCUAGCAGUGAAAUAGCUAAAAGUAAUUUGUUGAGAGACAUUAGAAGACCUUGCUUGUCGGAAAGAUUUCCCAUGACCAAAGAGUUUAUAUUACCUUCUUUCAGAAACAAAGGACCAGGAACUAUAAUAGACAUUGUUUGAUUAUAUGAAUUCGGUAAUUGCAAUGUUGAGAUAGUCUAAACAAAGCAAAAUUCAUGUCCCCAAUUCUAAUAUCUAAAUUGAAAUAUGAAAUCACAAAGUGGGUGAUUUAUUUACAAUGUCAGUGAAAAUUGCUUAAACAUUUCCAAGGCAGGUUUACGCUUAAUAGAAAUUGUAGGGUCAAAAUCAAAACUAUAUGACUGAUGAAGGUCAAUCAUUAAAAGUAAGGUUCAAUUAGCUGGAAUUGAAUGUGGCCACACAUGUUUAUUGUGUUAUUUUGAGAUCAAAAUUUGACAGAGAGUCUGAGACGGACAAGCACACUUUUGUAUAAGGUAGGCUUGAAGAAAGCGCAUUUCAUAUUCACAAGUAGUCAUUUCUUUGGUAUUGAAGUGCAUUAAUAAAAGAAUACAUUAACAUUUCAAGAUGCAGUAUGCAAGGAAAUGUCAUAAAAAUGAAAGUUAUUGACAUUAACAGUGAAAUUUGGUUAUAUUUCAUGCUUUUGUGUGAUACUGAAGAGUCUGUCUUUUGAAAGUAAAAGUUUAGGGUGCAUCACACGGUGACAUAGAUAACUUUUGUACAAAUUUUAUUGUGUAUUUUUUCAAUUCAUUUAAAUGUAUGAAUGUUGUAUGAGUCUAUGCAGAUUAUCUCCAUGCUUUUGUUAUCAUUGUACACUAACAGUAAGAUGUGGUGCUUUGUUGUAAUAUUAGUGUGGGGGGAUGUUCUGGUAAAUAUUUGUUUUACUAAUCACACAUGUUAAGUAUUUUUCCAACAGCUUUCAAUUUUAUAAACAGAAGGAGACCAUGAUGUAGUAAAGUCAGCUUCAGUUAAAGUGAGAAAUUAAAACGCCAGUAAAGAUAUAAAACACUCUUAAGCAAAGCCAUAUUGUAUGUAUAUAUGUAUAUGGAAGUUUUCAUCAGGCAUGGAUGAGGAGGACAUUUUAAAUGUGUAAACAAAUAUGAGGUUUAUGAAAAAUCCUUAUAUUAAUCUCAAAUCUGUACAUCACUCUGAAGUGGUUUAAAGUAAAACCAUUUGAUUUGAAUUUUAAAAGUAACAAAACGUCAUGUGAUGUAAAUUGUUAUUGAAAAGAAAGAGAGUACUAUGUUGUUUUCUGUGCAUUCCAUGGAUGUACACAAAAAAAUGUAUGCUGAAAUAUACAUGUUACAAUUUUUUUUUUGGUAUUACAGAUUGACCACUGUAUUUUCACUUACUUUCAUAUGCUUCCCUCAUAUUAUCAACAUGCUAUCCGAAGAAGAAAAAGUUUGCUUUGUUUUCUUUUUAUUAGUGGUAUAAAGCAUAUCUUUAAAUUGUAAUUCAGAUGAAAAUCUUUUAAUUUCUACAAAUAAUAAAACUUCAAUUUACGAA